CACCCAUGAAACAUAAACGUCGUCGCUCCCGCCUCUUCUCUCCUCCCUAGACACACCAGUUACAACACCACUCUCGCUCGCGGCCUUGCUGCACCCACCAGCUGUCAACAUGGCCCCCCGCAAGUCGCGAGCCAACACCCCCGAAUUCCCCAUUCUCGAAGCCCACGGCCUGUACCCUGGAGACAUUCGUGGAGAUGGCAACUGCCUCUUCAACGCCCUCUCGGAUCAGCUCUACGGCCACCAAGAGAACCACGAAGUGCUCCGAGUUACCACCAUUGAACACAUGAAAGACAACUCGGACUUCUACCGACAGUACAUGACCUGCAACAAUGUCCGCCGAAACCCAAAACGCAAGACAAAAGCUGCCCAACAAUCGCGCGUCGAUGCGUGCUUCUAUACAGAGUCUGAGCUCCAGAAACAAUUCGAAGAUCACGUCGAGAAGAUGGGCCAACCCGGUGAAUGGGCCGACAACAUGGAAGUCUCUGCUUUUGCAUCAGCCUUGAACGUUCAUGUUCGUCUCUGGCAGGCAGACUACACCUACCUCAUCUCCCCUCGCUUGCAAUACGUUUCCGAGGAUGCAGCUGCUGUAGAUGAUCGACAAGUCCUCCACAUUGCCUACCACACCUGGGAGCACUACUCCUCCGUCCGCAACAAUGCUGGUCCACACACAGGCGAGCCUACAGUCAAUGUCACUCCACAGCAAUCCACUGCAGGCUCCAGGAAGCGUCCCAGCCCUAGCGUCAGCGAUGAGGAUGAGAUCCCUCGAGCCAGCAAGAGGCGCUCACCGCUUCCCCUGUUCGAUUCCGAUUCCACCCCCGAAGGCACCGAGAGCUCAUCAGACGAGUCCAACGGUCCUCUUCUCUCCCAAUCACACUUGGAUAUACCCGAACCAGAUCAGACGGCAAAGCCUCAAAAGCUGACCAUCAAGCUCCGAGGCCUGCGUACUACUGAUCUCGUCGACCCUGUCGAUCCAGUCGAGCCAGUCGAGCCACAGGAGCCAUUGACAGCUAUUCCCCUAGACAUCAGCCCUACACCCAAACCUGCAUCUACCACACAUUUGCCGCCAUUUCCUCAGGUCAUUGACCUUACCACCAACACCUACUAA